GCUCACAUCCAUUCGCCACAUACUUCUUCUCUCUUCUUUGCAUUUUGCACGGUUCAAAGAUUCCCUCUGUGAAAGGGCAGAACUGUAAUUAUUGGACUCAUGGCAGCCGGAAGCUCUAGCUCGUCGGAGACCGGCGGCGGCGGAGUAAGAAAGGAGAUCAUGCUGUUCGGCGUCAGGGUUGUGGUUGAUCCGAUGAGGAAGUGUGUGAGUUUGAACAAUCUGUCUGAGUAUGAGCAACCGGAGGAGAUCCCGAAGAAGAUUGGCGGCGGAGAUGGUGAUGGAGAAGGGAAGAACAAGGCGGAUUUCGCCGUCGGCUACGCCUCCGCCGAUGAAGCUGUCCCGAUUUCUUCUUCUUCCGGUGGAAAUCGCGAGCGUAAACGAGGAAUUCCAUGGACUGAGGAAGAGCACAAGUUGUUCUUGCUUGGGCUUCAGAAGGUAGGGAAAGGUGACUGGAAAGGGAUCUCCAGAAACUUCGUGAAGACGAGGACGCCUACCCAGGUGGCAAGCCACGCUCAGAAAUACUUCCUUCGGCGAAGCAACUUCAAUCGCCGUCGGAGAAGAUCUAGCCUCUUUGACAUUACCACCGAAACGGUCACAGGAAUGGCAAUGGAGGAAGAUCAUGUGCAAGUUUCUCAUCCAAAGGAUACGCAGCCGAAUUUCGUCCAUCUGGUCUCGUCAACCUUACAGGCGCCAUCAGGAUUCAAUCUAAACCCGGCCGUGAACUCAUCACCACUCUCUCUCAGCCUCUCUCUGGCCGCGCCUUGCCCGAAGGACCAACAAUCCGCGAAUUGCUCAGCUUUCCGGACGACGAUGCCAAGCUUCAGCAGCCGAGAUAGCAAUAGUGUCAUCGGCGUUGCUUAGCGCCUAUCGGUUUUUGCUCCAUUGUUGUACAGAUAGUCAGUCAGUGUGCGCUCCAUAAAACUCGUAUCUGAGGGUCCAUUUUGAUUUUGAUUUUAUUUGUGGUAUGUGAUGUAAUUUGAAUGGUAUUUUCAUUUCUAACGAGUCGUGUUUCAUGUGGUAAGCGUUUGGUGGUUUGUGGGGUUAGGGUUUUUUAUUUAUCUAUUUAUGAUAUAUAUAUAUUUAUCUUAUCCCCAAGGAUAAGAUAUGUGGGUUCCUCGAAUAUUAGUCAUUAUCUUCAAUGCGACUCUUUUGUGUUUCAUUGGUUA